AUCAUCCAUCUGUAACCUCAUUGCCUCCAUUCCGCUGCUGUUGUUGUUGUUGGUGUAGUACAACACAGCACCACGAGACGACGAGUGUUUGCAAUUCCAACUUUCAAUAAUAAUGGAUACAAUACUUAAAUGGUUAAACAAGCCGAAGGCAGAUGAUAAAUCUUUGUUGGCACGAUUUUUUCAUGCUGAUCGUGCCCUUGCCGCCGUAGCUAGUGAACUCGAUAGUUUCGAUGGCAGAGCUGAACCAGAUAGAUGUUCUCGUUUGGUUUCCAGGCUUCGACAGGGUCAAGAUAAAGUGUUGGCCAUUACAAACUUAAUCAUUGAAGAACUAUUGGGCGAUGAACGUGAUCAACGUGCAUUUCGAGCCAAAUUUCCCGAAGAAGUUUUACAAGAAAAUCUAGCCGGCCAAUUGUGGUUUGGUGCCGAAUGUCUUGCCGCCGGUUCAUCUAUUAUGAAUCGCGAACAAGAAAGCAAAGAAAUGCGUCCACUGGCCGAGGCUGUAACCCGUAGUCUGAACAAUGUACGCUAUCUGUUGCGUGACCAGUGUCUGCGCAACAAUGUUCCAAAUAGCGAACGUUUAAAUUUGGAUAAAAAUGAUGCUGCCACCGAACAAUUGUACGAAAGUUUAAAACGUUUCGAUCGUCUGUUUGCCGAAUUCGAAUGGCGUUAUGUCAGCGCCAUGGUCCAGGUGAAAUCGAAAGAGGAGUACGAAAUGCAAGAAUUGAUAUGUGUUCUGUGUUCGGAGACUCUACAGAGAGCUUUAAAACUUGGCCUGUUGGAACAGGAGCAAGUUGAUGCAUUUGAUCCGGCAUUAAUGUUUUCGAUACCACGUCUGGCAAUUGUUGCCGGCCUGGUAAUAUAUCCGGAUGGUCCUCUGAAUAUGGAUAUGCCAGCAGAGGAAUUGUCGGAAAUGUUUCGACCAUUUCGUAGCCUACUGAUCAAAGUGCGGGAGUAUUUGAGAAAUCUCAAUGAAACGGAGCUGUUCUACUUAGAACGUUUGCUUUGUACCAAUGAAGAAAUAAGUUUAAAGGAAACGUUAAAGGCGAAACAAACAACAUUAGUAGACAAUAACAAUGAUGCAAAUAGCAGUAGUAAAUAUUGUGGAGUAGCAAAUAGCGAACGAGUUGACAAAGAGGAAACAACAUCUUUACAACACAACAAUACUACCUCCAAAUCGCAACAACAGCAACAACAAACGUCAUGUAAAACAUUUAAGACAAAAAAACAGCACAGCACCAACACCUGCCGAAGAGCCGACAGUCCAUCGCCAGCACCGUCCACAAGUAGUUCAUCGGAAGAUUGUUCUCCUUAUACAACCCCGAUUUCAUCCACCCCCUCGUCGCCAAGAUCUACACAUUCGAUGGCCUCCACCACCACUGCCGAGGAAACAAAUAGUGGCACAACAUCUCCAGAUAGUUGGAAUGAUGAUGACGAAGAAAUUGGACUCCACGAAGAUAUUGAAGUCGAGGAAGAUGACAACGAGGAUGGAGGGGAUGCUGAUGAUGAUGACGACGAUGAUAUAGAUGCUCACUAUGCUGAUGAUGAUGAUUCGGAUCUAAAUUGCGAUGACGACGAUGAAGAUCAUGGCGACCCAGACCACAUAUACGAUCUGAACAAUGUGGUUGAGCAAAUAAUAAAUUUGGAAAUAGCCUCAGCCGAUUGUGCCACCGGCUAUUUAAUAUCCAAUACCACAUUGGGUAAUCUUCUACAACCCCAAGAGGUGCCUUUAACGGAUAAUUUUGUUGUUAGUGAUUCAGAUUUGCCCAACCAGGAUGAUUACAAUGACAACCAGGACGUUGAAAUGCCCACAACAAGUGCCAAGGCAUUUAGCUCCUCCACUCAACAGACUGAGCGACAAGAACAACACUAUGUUGACAUUGAACAAGCGAACCAGGAUAACAACAAUUCAGUUGUUGCUGCCAAUAACACUAGUUUAAGUUUACAAGACUCGGAAAUCUCCUUGUCGCUCCAAAGUUCACUAAAUCCAUCCAAUUCGUCUGCUACCCAACAGCUGCGCCCCAGACGUUAUAGCGAUUUAUCGUCAACGAAUAAUGGCCGUAAACAUCACACAUCCACAGCGACGACGACGACAUCAGCAUCAUCGUCGUCGUCCCAUUGUCGUCGUCAUCAUCACACUCAUCAUCAACGUCGUCCACAUCGACAUGGUGGCGACAAACAUGAGCCAAAUGGCGGAACACUGCAAUGUGCCGAAUGUUCGACUAAUAACACUAAUAAUAAACCCAAUGAUGAUGUUACUAUAACAAAUAGUAAAGCUGCAAAUUCCUUGGGUUUGGACAUCGAGACACCGUCUUCGUCAUCGUCGAUGUUAGACGAUAAUAAAACUGUAGUUAGAUCUGGAGGACGUAUGAAAUUUAAAAAUACUGAAAAUUUAUUGCAUCGCUUGUUUGUCUCAAUUGCCGGUGUCGCCGAUCAAUUACAAACAAACUUUGCAUUUGAUUUACGUCAAAUAUUGCGCAGUGUAUUCCUUAUCAAUAUGUCACCGGCUCAAGAAGAACUUGACAUACCGGAAAAACCUAAAGAGAAUGAACUGUUCGAAUUCCGGGCUUCGGAAAAUGAUGUGAUACAGGAAAGUGCCGGCUCCAGUCAGAGUAUUUAUUCGGCGGAAGAAGUUAAUCCCGAGGGUGAUAAUCAAAGUCAGAAUAGCAACAGUAGUGGUGGUAGUAGUAGCGGCAACAACAGCAGUAGCAGUAGUAGUGGUGGUGGCAGUUCCAAUGACAACAAUCGAGUAUACCGACAUUCGACAGGCAGCACUGCCGUUCCACCAUCACAGCUAUCAACGGCGAUAGUAGCAAAUGCAGCACUGCAACGCCAACAAAUCGAACGUAGUCGUAGUUUAGAUAAUCAGGAAAUACAACCAACCACGCACCAAAAUCAAAGCACUGUGCCACCACCGCCGCCAACACAUUCAAAUCAAAACCAUCAGUUGUAUAGAAAUCGUCAUCAUUCAACGAGUAGCACUACAACGCCCUCCUCGUCGGAGAACAAUUCGCCAAUAUGUGAACGCUCCACAACAACGGCAACAAAUGGUGGGGGCAUUCGGCGUGUGAGCGAAUCAAAUGCAAAUAGCACACCGCCGCCACCACAAUCGUCAAGGCCGGUUCAUUUGUCGCCACCUGCCUGGAUACCGGAUCAAAAGGCGCCACGUUGUAUGUCCUGUAACACUCCAUUUACUGCAUUUAGACGUCGUCAUCACUGCCGCAAUUGUGGUGGGGUAUUCUGUGGUGUUUGUUCGAAUACAUCGGCCCCGCUGCCCAAAUACGGCCUCACUAAGGCUGUGCGUGUGUGUCGUGCCUGUUAUGUUCAUGAGCUGGGUCCCAAUUCAAAUGGUAAUCCCCAAAAUCAAUUGCCACAAAACCAACAUCAUCAUCACCAGCAACACCAACCCCACCAUCAUACGUUAGUUAGUCAGACAACAAGCAACAACGAACCUUCCCGUUUGCGUCGUCCUGUUACAACUACUAGAGCUUUUGAUUAGUAGAGAAUUUUAUUUAUU